UAAUAAAAGACUAGUGGCCCUAGUGCCCAUGCCCAGUGACCCUCCGUUCAACACCCGAAGAGCCUACACCAGCGAGGAUGAAGCCUGGAAGUCGUACCUGGAGAACCCCCUGACAGCGGCCACCAAGGCGAUGAUGAGCAUCAAUGGGGACGAGGACAGUGCUGCCGCCCUAGGCCUGCUCUAUGACUACUACAAGGUUCCUCGAGACAAGAGGUUGCUGUCUGUCAACAAAGCAAGUGACAAUCAAGAAGACCAGGAUAAAAGAAACUGUCUUGGCGCCAGUGAAGCCCAGAGUAAUUUGAGUGGAGGAGAAAACCGCGUGCAGGUCCUAAAGACGGUUCCGGUGAACCUUUCCCUAAAUCAAGAGCACCUGGAGAAUUCAAAGCGGGAACAGUACAGCGUCAACCUCACCGAGAGCCCCGCCAUCAUCCCGGUGUCAGGGAUCACCGUGGUCAAAGCYGAAGAUUUCACGCCUGUGUUCAUGACCCAACCUGGGCACUACACCCGGGGAGACGGGGAGGAGCAGCGCGUGGUUAUCUUUGAACAGACUCAGUACGACCUGCCCUCCAUCGCCAGCCACAGCACCUAUCUCAAGGACGACCAGCGCAGCACCCCGGACAGCACCUACAGCGAGGGCUUCAAAGACGGCACCACGGAGAAAUUUCGGAGUGCUUCAGUUGGGGCUGAGGAGUACAUGUAUGACCAGACGUCAAGCGGCACAUUUCAAUACACCCUGGAAGCCACCAAAUCUCUCCGUCAGAAGCAGGGGGAGGGCCCUAUGACCUACCUCAACAAAGGACAGUUCUACGCCAUAACACUCAGUGAGACCGGGGACAACAAAUGCUUCCGACAUCCCAUCAGCAAAGUCAGGAGUGUGGUGAUGGUGGUCUUCAGCGAAGACAAAAACCGAGAUGAACAGCUGAAGUACUGGAAGUACUGGCACUCUCGGCAGCACACAGCGAAGCAGAGGGUCCUCGACAUUGCUGAUUACAAAGAAAGCUUCAAUACGAUUGGCAACAUUGAAGAGAUCGCCUAUAAUGCUGUUUCCUUUACCUGGGAUGUGAACGAAGAGGCAAAGAUUUUUAUCACCGUGAAUUGCCUGAGUACAGAUUUCUCCUCCCAGAAAGGAGUGAAAGGACUUCCUUUGAUGAUUCAGAUUGAUACGUACAGUUAUAAUAAUCGUAGCAAUAAACCCAUUCACAGAGCUUAUUGCCAGAUCAAGGUCUUCUGCGACAAAGGAGCAGAAAGAAAAAUCCGAGACGAAGAGAGGAAGCAGAACAGGAAGAAAGGGAAAGGCCAGGCCCCCCAAACCCAGUGCAACAACUCCUCUGAUGGGAAGUUGGCCGCCAUACCUUUACAGAAGAAGAGUGACAUCACCUACUUCAAAACCAUGCCAGAUCUGCACUCACAGCCUGUUCUCUUCAUUCCUGAUGUUCACUUUGCAAACCUGCAGAGGACUGGACAGGUGUAUUACAACACGGAUGAUGAGCGAGAAGGUGGCAGUGUCCUUGUUAAACGAAUGUUCAGGCCCAUGGAAGAGGAGUUUGGUCCAGCACCUUCAAAGCAGAUGAAAGAAGAAGGGAUAAAGCGAGUGCUCUUGUAUGUGAGGAAGGAGACAGAUGACGUGUUUGAUGCUUUGAUGCUGAAAUCUCCCACGGUGAAGGGCCUGAUGGACGCGAUCUCUGAGAAGUACGGGCUGCCUGUGGAGAAGAUAGCAAAGCUGUACAAGAAAAGCAAAAAAGGCAUCUUGGUAAAUAUGGAUGACAACAUCAUCGAGCACUACUCCAACGAGGACACCUUCAUCCUCAACAUGGAGAGCAUGGUGGAAGGCUUCAAGAUCACGCUCAUGGAAAUCUGAGUCCCUGGCUCAGCGUCCCCUUGGCAGGAGCUCUCAGCAUGUUCCUCUCUGGGAGAGAUGGGGUCCCCCUGCUGCCUCCAAACCUGGAGACCCAUCUCACCCAUCUCAUAACUGCUGUUACAAGACUGUGCUGGGAAGCAGGCCAGGCCGAAGGCGCCACUGAUGGUAGUGUGCUGUACCCAUCCACCAGCUCACCU